CAAGCACAGAGACACCAAGCGUUGAACUCGCCUAAGCAGCUACCAACCAACCCUAGAAAGCUAGACACCGUACCCAUGGCUCGCGCUAGCGUCGUCUUUGUCAUUGCUGCUCUCCUCUUCGUCGCCAUGGUCGUAGCACCGAUGGCCGAGGCAAAGUCUGCCGAUGCCCCUGUGGCUGACGCGCCGGCCGAUGGACCUAGCGGGCCGGCUGCUGCACCUGGCCCCCAGGGUGUCGAAGGCCUGUCAGGCAAUGAGGAUGACGAUGAUGACUCCACCAACUGAGGCCACACAUGUCGGCCCGGUUAAAUUUGGAACAAGACAUGGAAGAAAAAUGAGAGCAAUGUCUUUAAAACCAUGAAUCCAUAAUAAUGUGUGGUCAUCCAUGGAUACAUCCUUGCUCUCCCUCUUUUUCUUUCUGUUUGAUUUUCAAUGUGUUAUCAUGUUGUUAGUUAACUGUAUCGACUCAUGGUAUCAAGGUCUAAAAAAUUAUCGU